GCUCGAGUUCCCCGCCUUUUCACGAAUCGUAGGAUGUUGCGUACACAACACCCUGGAUGUUUUGACCAAAUGUAACGUUACUUGUUUUAUUCGGGAUUAAUGUAUUCUUACUUGAUUUUACAGAUAAUGUAACUUGUAAUUGUUGCAAUAAUUCCACAUUGCAGCCAUGUUGCUUCCGUCUGACAUAGCGCGGCUCGUUUUAGGAUACAUGCAACAAGAGGGACUGUGUUCUACAAGCCAGGCAUUCAUUCGUGAAAGCCCCAAUUUGAAGGAGUACGCAGAACACAGCUCAGAUGAUGCAGCUAUUCCUGCUUGUGUGUUUUCCCUCUUUGGAAAAAACCUGACAACUAUUUUGAAUGAGUAUGUUGCUGUCAAAGCUAAAGAGACGAUAGAAGAGACUCAGAUACCUGUCAUGAUGACAUCAUUGUGGAAAAAGCUUGAUUUCACACUAAAUCAAAUCAAGUCUAUGCAGAACUCCCCAGCUAUUAUCCAGAAUCAAAGACUCCACACAUGUAAUGGGAUCGUGAACAUGAGGGGGCGACAGAGAGCCUUGUCAUCAACGCAGUCCCCCAGCUCUGGGUUUCUGUCAUCGUUGGCCCCCCCGUCGGUCCAGGGCAUCGCCACCCCAGUCUGCUACAGCUCCCAGCAGACCAGACCCUCCCCCAUCUGCAGCACACAGCCCCAGAUCCAAGAUGGAGGACGUCUGCUCAUCAAUGUGAACCGGGAGUCACCUUUGCAAAUAACGGUUCCAGACAACCGGUUAACCACAGGACCAUUAUCCCCAGGGCGUCGGAAAUGUGACUCCCCCAGGAGGAGAGGUGGGGGCUCUAGUGGAUCCGGUGGGACUGGAAGAGCCAACAUGGCGGCCAGUAGCCUGACAGCAGAGCCCCAGAGUGAAGAGGCAGUCACAGAGAAUUUCCCUCAAAUGUUGAUACAAAAUGCAAGAGAGAGGAUUCUAAAUGACAAGUCUUUACAAGAGAAGCUUGCUGAAAACAUCAACAAAAUUCUAGCAAGUGAUGUCAGUCCUCAGGCUUUAAAGGCAUCAUGCAGCACCAUGGAGCCUGACCAGUCAAUAGAUGAAAUUCUGGGCCUGCAGGGGGAGAUUCAUAUGUCUAAUGAUGUUAUACAAGACAUAUUGGAGCAGACAGAGUCCGACCCAGCCUUCCAGGCUCUUUUUGACCUCUUUGAUUACGGCAAAAGCAAAACCAGUGAGGAUACUGAACAAGGAGCUGGGAACGUGAGCAAUACCACCACAGAGAAUGGUGAGACUGAGACUAGAUGUAUUGAUGGCUCUCCUGAGACUGGAGACCCAGGCACUGGGCCUGAAAACUCGACAUGUGGACAAGAAAAUAGAGUAACAAAGUCCAGUCAAGAGCCCAAGAGUAAGAAAACAAGGAAAGCUGCACCUUCUGUUUCAAGCACUUCAAAGGCAACUCCUGGACCCAGUAGCAGAGGGUUGAGAAGGGGAGCUAUCUCAACAACUCCUGGACCCAGUAGCAGAGGGUUGAGAAAGGGAGCUAGGUCUACAACUCCUGCACCCAGUAGCAGAGGGUUGAGAAAGGGAGCUAGCUCAACAACUCCUGGACCCAGUAGCAAAGGGGUGAGAAGGGGAGAUAUUGCAACUCGACCCUCAGCACGUAUUGAUCAAUUUACCGCCGCUGCUUCUUCUGCCGCAAAGGACUCUGAUAGGGUUGACUCAGGCUCCAUGUUUAAUCCGGAUGUAUCAGGUGUGGAUAUAGAUGACCCUCUGAAUACCCCUCUUGACAGUAUAGCUCCGCCAGAUGUCUUUGAGCCAGUCAGACAGGAGAGUGGAACAAAUCGUCCGGCGUCAGCAUGCAACACACCUUCAUCUGAAACCAGGACGGUCUCUGCUGUGAAAAACAUAUUAGGCAAUGAGAACACAGUGGGGGCUGAUGGUAGACAAGUGAUGGAUAACCAAGCUUCACUUCUUAACUCUUCACCUUCCCUGUCCAAUUCCAUGCCAAUGCUGGAUCAGUCAAACAAGGUUCCCAUACAGGCCUCUAACCUGCCUCAUAGAAAUAUUACCCCUCCCAGCAGUGUAGGAAUUUCACAACCUCUACCACAGACCAUACACUCUAUGGCUGUCCCCUCAACAGUUACAACAACUCCUGCUGCCCCAACCUUCAUCCCAAACCCCAACCCUACAGGCAAGGAAGUAGACCCCAGUAAGAUUGUGGCCCUGAAGAUCAUAAUCAGCGAUGAGCAGGAGCCCUCCAGUGACUCAGCCCUGAACCAGGCUGUGUCCAGCAUCACUGGGGACAGGAUCCCCACCAUUUUCCUCUCCUCCCCCACCAAGUCACCUGCUAAGGCCCCGGCCCUCAGUAGCGCCCCCAUGAAUCAGGAGGAGACUGUGCAGGCGGUGAGCAGCUUACAGAGGACAGAAGUCCUCCAGCCAGCAGAGACCAAUCCUCUUAGUGGGCAAGCAGGGGAUGUGGCAGCAUUGGCAGGGACGUCAACUGCGUUGACACAGCCUGGCUACUACAUUCAGCUGCCCUUUGAUUCAGCCACAUCCACCAACAGCUACAUCUUAAUGACAGACACAACAGCCACAGACACCCAGUCCAACAAGGUGAUAUUACCCAGUGGCGCCCCACGGGUACAGACUGUACCCCCUUCCUCAUAUACUCUGGUCACUCCACCCCGCUAUUCCCCUGGAUCUAGACUCAUCAUAUCUUCAUCAGUUCAGCCCAUGCUGCAAAGCAUGGUGGUUCCUGUAUCUGUUGUUGGGCAGAACAAUGCAACACAGUUCUCUGUCGUUCCUAAUCAGUUGAUAGCCAUGCCUAGCCCUGCUUCAGCAAAGCAGCCAGCAGCAGUGAAUACCAACCCUAAACUGGCUCCCAAGGAUACCACAAUCUCGGGAAAAACGGGAGCUACUGGAUCGAAUAUGGUUACAAAGCAGGUCCACCCGCAAUCCUCUAAAAGCACAGGGCAGCAGAAGGUAGCAGUUGGCUCGAGCCCCAGCCAUAGGAGGAUGCUUUGCUUUGAUGGGUCUGCUGGUGAAACUUCUACCUCCAAAGCUACAGCUACUCCUGUAUCACCUGACCAACAGGUGGAGAAAGAGAUACCUAAAUCUGCCUCUGCUCUCUUGGGGAGAAGCAGGCCAAAAAGGAGAAUAGAGACUGUAAGAUGUACAGACAACACUCAGACAUCAUGGACCGGAACAGAGACGGAGAAAUCCUCCACUGUCCAAAAGCAAAAAGAAGCUGCGAAAAAGACCCCUUCAAAGAGGGACGCAGAUCAAAAUGCUAGAGGUCAAAGUGCAAGUACCAGUAGAUCUCAGAGUGCUGGUAGCAGUAGGACUGAUGCCUCACAGUCAGAGUCCAGGAAGAGAUCUCAAUCAGCAGACAAGAAGGAUGAUGGUGGAGCAGGACCUAAGGAUGCCCAGAGCUCCAGGUCCUCUUCCUCUGAUCACAGACUCAGAUCAGGGAGCAGGAAAGAGAAAGACGCAUGUAGACAAGAGCCUACUGAGAAAUCUCCUGCCAAGGAGCGGGAGGGACGGACAGUGAAAAGGACAUCUUCUCAGGACCCCCCUCAUGUCACUGCCAAUAAGGAGAAUGAGCUGGAGGGGGGAAGGCGAGAGCAGCAGCCCACACCAGCACCAAGAGCAUUCAGCCCGGCCCCAGUGGGCUCACAAACCUCUGUCACUCAGGCUUGCUCCAGCAAAAUCCCCUCCAAGACCAGCCCACUGACCAAGCAGGCAGCUGAAAUGCUCCACGACAUCCAGGGUCUAAACCCUCCCUCCACCCCUCCUAAGAGGACAGGCAUGGGCUGUCUGGAGCUGCCUCUUCCUCGGACCCUUGGCCGUCUCCAGGAGUCUCUAUACUGCCCCAGGACCCCUGCACGUCAGAGGCUGGACAGAGACAGAGAGGGCACCCCCAGGCACCUGGUCCCUCCCACCACCCCGGACCUUCCCUCCUGCAGCCCAGCCAGCGAAGCAGGGAGUGAAAACAGCAUCAACAUGGCGGCUCACACACUGAUGAUCCUAUCCCGAGCAGCCAUUGCCAGGACAGGCACCCCACUGAAAGACAGCUUGCGCCAGGAGGGGGCUGGAGCAGUGACCCCUGUAGCCUUCAAGAGCAAGAAGCGCAAGCAGCCUGAGCCCCUGGCCAGCCCGCCAGCAAAGAAAGAUAUCUCAGGUUCAUCUGGCAGUAAAAAGAAAACAAAGAAACAGCAGAAGCUAAUGGAUUCCUUCCCCGAUGACUUGGAUGUGGAUAAAUUCUUGUCUUCACUGCAUUAUGAUGAGUGAUGGGUUGAGUUAUAGCAGUUGGACAAUGAGAUGAGAAUCUCCCAAACACUACCUACCUACUCUCCAGGAAUUGAACAAGCCAUAAUUUACUGUCAGUGCUAGGAACCUGUGGUGUAGUGGAGCAUGUCCUCAGUUAUUAUUUUUUCUUCUAUGGUAUGUCUGCUUGUAGGGUUUGUCCUACAUCCUUUGGCUUAACAACUAAUUAUACAUGUGAUGUAUAUACUGUAUAGAAAUUAUUGCAGAAAUGCUAGAUUGAGAGCACUGGUUCCAUUCAAGGACUGUAAUGUUAAGAAUGGUUUCCCAAUCUUGUUGUAUUAAUAAUUUCAAGAAUUCAACCCUUUCCUUGGUCAAUAUUUCACUGUAUCUAAACUUUAAAUGAUCCACCCAACACACUAUGGCUGUGGUUAAACAGGCAGCACAAUACUAAUCUUUAUUUCACUAAUUGGUAUUUUGACCAGAUCAGCUGUGAUCUGAUCUGGUCAAAAAGACCAGUUAGUGGAAAAAAUAUCAGAAUUGGGCUGCGUGGUGUGUAUGUAAAAUACAUUUGUGCAGAUGUUUUCUUUACUAGUGAUUUUAAAUUAAAUCUUGUUUUAGAAAAAUCUAGUUCCAUUUAAUAUUGUUUCUGUGCAGGUAAAAACUGACCAGUUUUCAGUCCAAAGCAAAAUAUCACUAUCAGAACACAUAGUCUGAUAACCCAAUCUGUGAAUUUCACUAUAACCAAGUUAAUAUUGCACCAUUUUAUUCACUUGAGUUAAUUACUACUAUAUAAUAGGCCUAUAUCAUCACAGUGAUAGAAGAAUCUCUACUGGCACAGCGGUCUAAGGUACUGCAUCUCAGUGCUGCAUCACUACAGACCCUGGUUCGAUUCCAGGCUGUAUCACAACCGUCCAUGAUUGAGAGUCCCAUGGGGCGGCGCACAAUUGGCCCAGAGUCGUUAGGGUUUGGCCGUGGUAGGCCGUCAUUGUAAAUAAGAAUUUGUUCUUAACGGACUUGCCUAGUUAAAUAAAGGCUAAAUUAAAAACGUAAAAAUAAAUUAUCCUAUCUUUAUAACAAUGCCACACAUAGCACAGGUAAGACAAUCAAGCAUGUUUAAAGGACAACUCCACCAAAACAAUAUUUUGGCAUUUGUUUCAUUAGUUCAUUGUUGAUAUAGUCCCAAAAUGUUUUGCAUGUCAGCAAUCAAGUUAAGACAUGUAACUUUCAAAAUACAUAAGUCUUGCCCGUAUGAUGCAUUUUGCAUCAUAUGAUGCUGUGUCUUGGUAAGCAAUUUUGGCCUUGUGUUUCAGGUUAUUGUCCUACUGAAAGGUGAAUUUGUCUGUCUGUUGGAAAGAUUUUCCUCUAGGAUUCUGCCUGUGCUUAGCUAUAUUCUGUUUCUUUUGAUCCCCCCCCCAAAAACGUGAGUCCUUACAGAUGAUAAGCAUACCAAUAACAUGCUUGAAAUUUGAAGUGGUACUCAGUGAUGUUGGAUUUGCCCCAAACAUAAUGCUUUGUGUUAAGUUAUUUGCCACAUUUCUUUGCAGUUAUACUGUAGUGCCUUAUUGAAAACAGGAUGCAUGUUUUGGAAUAUUUUCAUUCUGUACAGGCUUCCUUUUCACUCUGUCAUUUAGGUUAGCAUUGUGGAGUAACUAAAAUGUUGAUCCAUCCCCAGUUUUCUCCUAUCACAGCCAUUCAACUCUAACUGUUUCAAAGUCACCAUUGACCUCAUGGUGAAAUCCCUGAGUGGUUUCUUUCCUCUCCGGCAACUGAGUUAAGAAGGACACCUGUAUCUUUGUAGUGACUUGGUGCAUUGAUACACCAUCCAACGUGUAAUUAAUAACUUCACCAUGCUAAAAGGUAUAUUCAAUGUCUGCUUAAAAAAAAAGUUUUUACACAUCUACCAA